CGGACUCCUCCCGCAACCUGCUGGGCCACUCCCCACCAUGUUCACCGUCAAGGCCACUUACCGCGCCGAAACCCGCAAAUUCACCUUCCCUGAUUCUUCGCAUUUCCCUUCUUUCGACCAGUUAUAUGAUCAGUUGUACAGAGUCUUCCGCAUCUCUCCUUCCUUCUAUCUCUCGCAAAUUCUAUUCUCGCCUAAUUCGUCGUCGGCCGCGCAGCGUAUUCUCCUCGGGAGAGAAGCCCACAGCGCCGACGAGUACAAUGAGUACAUAGCCCCCUAUCAGGCCCGAAGCUGGCCCGGCGCGCUGCUCAAGUUCUCCGUCUACGACGAGACACCGCACAAAUCCCCCACGACGACCAAUAACCGUAUCAGCAUGGUCUCCACGGAUAGUGGCCACGCGAGCGUCACGGCGUCCGAGGGCACGAUGUCUGCCACAGUGGUGGACUGGGACCAUACUCCCCGCAGUCCAAAAAGGCAAGGUGACGACCGCAGGCUCUUCCUCGAGCGUCUGCGUGAACGUACGACUACACGGACCAACGUCAGCCCUCCGUCGGAAUCUCCUACGACCCCGUUGCCGCGAGACUCCGCGGACACCUCACAGGAUGCCGUAGGUGCACGCCAGUCGUCGCGACCCUUGCCGCGCAGACCGUCGCCGUCGCCGGACACCGCUUCGACGUCAACUGUGACGGCUAGCUCCAGAACCGCCCGACCCUCUCUGUACGACCUCCUGAAUCGGGAAUCGUCCUCGAGUAGCCAAUCGGUCGCCCGAACGGAGUCGUGGCGACCUUCCCUUGCUGACGUCUUGAGGCAGGACCUUGCGGCUCUGUCGGGUCAGACCACCGAGGCUCCAGAUGGGGCACGUGCAUUGCACCGCCCUUCACAGUCAAUUAGCAUUGACGUGAUUCCGCCGUCGCCGUCGCUCACAGACGCCACUCACCUGAAUGAUGAGCGACUCGACCAUACGCGGCACGACUCUGGACGUCGCAGAACACAUCUUGUUCCGCGUCGUUCCUGGGAUGAUGACAAACCCGUACCACGUCCUGCGGCUGAGAGGCGUGCACGGCCUCGUCCCAUCUCUGACUAUGGCCCCAUCCGCAGACCCGCUACCGAGGAUGCUCGUCGUUCGUCGCUUGUAGAACUUCUGAAAGACAUCUCUCCACUGUCCAAGCAGACCAGUCGCGAAUCUCGUCCUGAACGCCGUCGGCCAGAAGAUCGUCUGACGUCGUUGCUACACGACUUGCACGGGGAGCAAAGGGACUUGGAUCUUGAAAGCCGUCAGCAGGAGGAUCGCCUGACUUCUUUGCUCGAGACCAUGCGCAAGAAACGGGACCAGCGGUCCAACACUUCAUCGGAGUCAUCAUCUCCCAAGGUGCUGAUCAUUCCUCCGCCGCCGAUACUCUCGGAAGCGGAUGUGCACAUUGACGCGCCGCAAACGGGAGUAACGUUUACACCCCCUGCUGUCAAGCCGCCUGCUGCGUCAGUAACGCAUAAUGAAGAAGCUUUGCCGCAGUCGUCUGAGCGGACGGCGCCUAGGACUGCGGAGGCUGCUGGUGGGGUCGAGGUACCCGCAUGCGAAGAACCUUCCUCAAACGCGUCGCAACAGAUCCAUUGCUGCUCGGUUUCUCAAGGCAAGGCUGACGUCCAAGUGUUGAUGAACCGCUUCUUCUCAGACGUCGAAUCAACGAUGAAGAAGGCCUUUGGAGAUGAUUGGGAACUCGGAGAUGCCCUGAAGAGUGCUGGCCGUCGCUGCGGGCACGGCGAUGCUGCGUCUUGCGGACCGCAGCUUGAUGGUAGAAAUACCUCGUCUUGCUGUCGUGCACGCUCUCCCGUCGACCAGUGUCCUACGCCUUUCAUGUUCGCCGAAUCGUACCGGCCGCCGAGCCCGCCUAGAUUCCCUCCAGGUUUCGUGCCCUACCCACCGUACGCGCCUCAGGUGCCGCCGCCUCCGCCGCUUCCUCAAAUGCAGGUAUACCCACCGCAUCGGAUGCCAUCGCCUCUGUUACGGCCCGUCAUCCCGACGCCUCCUCCCCUGCCGCCAUUGCCGCCGAUGCUAGGGGAACAGUAUUUGACGUAUUCCAUACCUCCUCCUGUGGUACCGCCUCCGCCACCUGCGUGGGGUCACCUACAUGUCUAUGAUUCUGCGAAUCCUCCUACAGUGGUUCCAGAGACUCCUCUCCUGUCUCAUCCGGGCGUCACUUGCGACGGUUGUAGGGGCAGAAACUUCUACGGGGUCAGGUACAAGUGCAUGGACUGCCAGGACUUCGAUUUGUGCAGUGCGUGCAUCUGCACGAGGGACAUCGUCAAGGAUCACGCACAACACGCCUUCCGCCCGGUUAUCGAAAGCCGCACAGCGCAGCAACAGUCCCACAUGGGUAUCACCUGCGACGGCUGCGGGAAGCGCAACAUAUAUGGCGUCCGGCACAAGUGUAUGGAGUGCCCUGACUACGACCUCUGCACUGCUUGCAUUUGCUCUGGCGUUCACUGGGACCGACACGAUAGCUCUCACCACUUCGUCCCUAUCGCGACGCCGGGUGACAUGGGCCGCUACCAUGCUGCUCAUCAGACUCAGUCCAGAGCUCGCAUGCUCACGGGGGGCGCUCAGCCCGCGGAGACGACCGGUGUGGUCAUGACAGGCGAGCUACCUGUUCACCGUAACAUCCUCUGCGAUGUCUGCAACGAUGUCAUCGUUGGCGUCCGUCACAAGUGCUUGGACUGCCCGGACUACGACUUGUGCAGCCAGUGUUAUGCUAUUCCUGACAUUCAGUCUGAGCACGGCGCUGCUCACCAGUUCUUCGCUAUCGACCGUCCGGGAGAAGUCAUUGUCCACACUGUCUUCAGUGGAGAUGGUGAGCGUGUCCCUUCGGCACGCAGCCCGCGCAGGCAGCCCAGGACCGAGUCACAGCAGUCGGUUGCCUCUGCACCAGAGCCGCCGACGAUGCACGUGCACAGCGCCAGGUGCAACCUCUGCGAGUCGAGGAUCUGGGGCGAGCGUUACAAAUGCCUCAAUUGCCCCGACUUCGAUACGUGCUCGUCCUGCUUCCAGAUCACGCCUGAGCAGCACCCCGGUCAUGGUUUCGUCAAGAUCGUCAAGCCCCAGGACCUCGUGAUGCGCGAUGCUCUUGGCGGUGAAACUGUACAUGACGCUAGAUGCAACAUCUGCAACACAGUCAUCACUGGCAUUCGCUACAAGUGUUUGCACUCGGAAUGCCCGGACUUCGAUCUCUGCCAGUCCUGCGAGGCCCUUCCGUUCCCGGUUCAUCCGGCGGUGCACCCCAUGCUCAAGAUGAAGACUCCCGACACUGUCAUCCCACUCGUCAUGCGCCCAAGUCAGGCCGCGUCGAACCAGCAGGCGCCCUCAGUAAUUGCGAGCGAAACGGUGCCAUCGUCUCCUUGCAGGUACGAGUCGCCGGAGGUUCGCGACGAACACAUGAUACAGCAAUCGGAAGAUCAUUGGCACUCUUUGAUGUCUCAAAUGCGUACCGAGCACACCGGGCUUGAUAUCGACGAGUCUGUGCUGAGGCGCUAUCCGGAAAUCCCGUCAGUGGUAGAGCCGUAUAGAGCUCCUUCAUCUCCUCCCAUCAUUCACGGCCCUAUCGUGCACCCGGUCGCCGAACCUCUGGUGAAUCUACCCACACCCAAGAGGCCUGAGAGCCCUGCUAGUUCAGUGGGGCAACCGGCCGCGGAAGGACAUCUGAUUGACCUGGAGGAGGGCAACUUUCCGAAGAAUGCUACCGAGGCCGCACGCGAGCCGACCGUCGACGGGUUGACCACUCCCUCGGACGUCCCUACGUCCUCGUCGUCUGCGAACUCUGUUCCCCGCCUCGACCCGGUGCAAAACAAUGAAUGGCGCGAGCUCUGGCCCGAACUGACUGCGAUGCUCAAGCACCUCUUGCAGCCUCCCACGCCCACUGUUGUCGUCUCGUCCCCGACCCACGCUCGCAUGGAGCAGAUGCCGGGCGCCAUGUUCGUCGAGGAGAAGUCCGAUGAGAGCGAGUCGCCUGAGGUUGCUGAGGAGCCGCGUCCCGCUGUGGAGGAGUCGCCUCUCGUUGGUGAGCCAUUGCUCUGCAGGCCGCUCGUCCCCGAGAGGCCCAGCACUAUCCACCGUGACAUCCGGGGCUACUUCAACGUGCCCCCGCCCCCGCCGCUCAGGAAGGAUACCAAGCCUGCGCCCCCAAGGACGCCCACGCCUCCGAGGAUCCCUUCUCCGAGGUUGCCUUCUCCCGUCCCGGUCGUGGCUGCGCCGCAGCCGCUGUUCGCGAGUUUCCUGUCGGACAACAAUAUCCCGGACGGCCAGGUGUUCCCUCCGGGCGCAGAGUUCGUCAAGUCGUGGAAGAUGUCGAACCAGGGUGCGAGUGACUGGCCGGAGAGCACUAAGCUCGUGUUCGUCGCCGGUGACCGGAUGGCGUCUCAUGCAAACGCGCCCCGUUGGGUCAAGGUUGGUUCGGUCAAGGCUGGUGCUGAAGUCGAGAUUGUCGCUGGCGAGAUGAAGGCUCCUGAAAUCCCCGGUAAAUAUGUGAGCUAUUGGAGAUUGAGUGACGGCGAAGGCAAUCAGUUCGGUCACAGCAUUUGGGUCGAUAUCACUGUCGCUGAAAUGACCCGUGCGACGUCUUCAUUGUCGACGGACGAGUCGCUCGCCGCUUCUUCCGUGAUCAUGCCGCAGGCCGCUCAGAGUCAGAUCGCCGACGCGCCCCGCGUUCUCCCGCCGCGUACCACAACGACCGCUCCGUCUGAGCCAGCGUCUGCCACGCUGCCCUCCAGCCCGCUCUCGGACACCGACUCGUUCGACUCGUCCAUCUCACUCGUGGAUGCGCCGUCGUCGCCGAUCUCGGAUGAUUUCGAGGAGUACUUCAGGGAGCUCCGCGGGCACGUUUCGCGCCCGGAGGCUGCUGCUCGGCGUGCGCUCGAGCCGGAGUACGUGAUGCUAUACGACAGCGCGUCGUCUGAGAGCGAUUGAGAAGUGGACAGUACAGCGUUGACGUCAAGGAAAUAAGGAAUGGGUCCGAAACAAGGUUGCGUUUGUGUUGUGACAUUGUACGAUAUGGAUUUGUUGUUGCAUUGGCAUUUCUUGUACGUCCAAUAGGUUAUUGGAGAAUCAUAUGUGGUCUACACUGGUGCGCUGGAA